GUUCUGCUUGAAUAUCUGUCAUUUCCAGCUCAGGUUGUGUUGCUCAGAGCUGUCUAGGAGUGUAUUUCAAUCUCAGCAGGAGAGAGGAUCGGAUUGCUUUGUGGAGGCUAUGACGAGGUGGCACUGGGGAGGAAGGUGGUUGUUGGAGGAGGUGGGGGAGGUUGGUUGGAUCAGAUUUCACAUCCCUGCUUGCGUUCUUCAGCCCUCUGCACCUUCUAAAGUCGGCCCCCCCUCCAUUCCACCCCACCACUCUGACUAACAGUGGAGACAGGAUGGCUGAGCAGGAGAGGAAAACAUUCACUCCCUUUCUUAUAUCACCUACCUCAGGGCUGAGCCUCGCAUGCAGCAUAAAAGCAAAUCUCCCUAAACCGUGUGACUGACCUGUUAUUAUUGAGGAUAGAUUUAGGAUGGUUUCUAGUGCAAGGAGAAGGUGAGGAUCCAGAUGCCACUUGGACAUUUCUGUUUAAAUCUGAAUGACAUCAACAACCUGCCACCGUUUAACACGUUUCAGCAGCAUGGCUCCAAGAAAUGGAUGCAUCAUGUGCCGUGGAAUAGAGGACCUUGUGAGGACAAAGCUCUGAGUUUCUAGUGCCGUCACAACCUUUUCACUCGUCCUCUCCAGUCUUCUGUCCAAGACACCCUCUUUCAGUUCUCAAGCCACAUUUCGGACAUCUCCAGGAGUCAGACAACCCUGCUAGCCCUAGUGCUUUUACCCAGAGUUGCUGUUUGAGAAUGACCCGGUUUCAUUUCUUCACAGUCGUUCUGGCUGGAGUCUGCAUUCUUCUGUGUCCUACAGCUGAAGCAGCUGGACAGAAUCCAGAUCAUGUGCUGCAGGGAACGGGUGCGAAGCAUAGCCCUGACUCCAGAAGGCCAGGGGCCGAUACAACUGUGGAGCCCGAGGACGCUACACGCUUCCUUAGCUGCUACUGCUCUGGCCACUGCCCGGAGGAUGCCAAGAACAACACGUGCCUGACAAAUGGCCAGUGUUUUGCCAUUAUUGAAGAGGAUGAAAAUGGUGAUGUUUUCUUAAGCUCUGGCUGCAUGAAGUAUGAAGGCUCACAUUUUCAGUGCAAGGAUUCACAGUAUGCUCAGACAAGACGAACCAUCGAAUGCUGCCAGUCUGACUUCUGUAAUCGAGAUCUGAAGCCCGAGUUGCCUCCUCGAAACCCAGAGACAUUCUUUAGCCCACACUGGCUGGCAUUCCUCAUAUCGGUCACCGUGUGUUGCUGCACUCUUGUCUGCGUCACUGUGAUCUGUUAUUACAGGUAUAAGUGGCAGACAGAGAGGCAGCACUACCACAGAGAUCUGGAGCAGAAUGAAGACCUCAUUCCAGCUGGAGAAUCUCUGAAAGACCUCAUCAACCAGUCACAGACCUCAGGCAGUGGUUCUGGGCUCCCCCUGCUGGUGCAGCGCACUAUUGCAAAGCAGAUCCAGACAGUGCGUCUGAUAGGGAAAGGCCGGUAUGGUGAGGUGUGGCUGGGUCGCUGGAGAGGGGAGAAAGUGGCAGUGAAAGUGUUCUUCACUCGCGAAGAGGCCAGCUGGUUCAGAGAGACCGAAAUCUACCAGACUGUACUUAUGAGACAUGAAAACAUACUGGGUUUCAUAGCCGCAGAUAUAAACGGUACAGGAGCCUCCACCCAGCUGUACCUGAUCACAGACUACCAUGAAAAUGGCUCUCUGUAUGACUACCUGAAGUUUACCACCCUUGACACACAGGCUCUGUUGAAACUGGCCUACUCGGCAGCCUGCGGCCUUUGUCACCUCCACACUGAGAUAUACGGCACGCAAGGCAAACCAGCCAUUGCUCACAGAGACCUGAAGAGCAAGAACAUCCUCGUUAAGAAAAACGGCACCUGCUGUAUUGCUGAUUUGGGACUGGCAGUCAAAUUCAACAGUGAUACUAAUGAAGUGGACAUUCCUCUGAGCACUCGAAUGGGAACCCGCCGCUACAUGGCUCCAGAGGUUCUUGAUGAGACCCUGAAUAAGAACCACUUCCAGGCCUACAUUAUGGCUGAUAUUUACAGCUAUGGUCUGGUUAUAUGGGAGAUGGCCAGACGCUGCAUCACAGGAGGUAUAGUCGAGGACUACCAGCUGCCGUACUACGAGAUGGUCCCUCCAGACCCUUCAUACGAAGACAUGCUGCAGGUAGUGUGUAUCAAAGGCCUGCGGCCGACUGUAUCUAACAGGUGGAAUAGCGAUGAGUGCUUGAGGGCCAUGCUGAAGCUGAUGUCAGAGUGCUGGGCACACAAUCCUGCAUCCCGUCUCACCAUCCUGCGAGUCAAGAAAACAUUAGCCAAAAUGGUAGAAUCACAGGACAUUAAAAUCUGAGCCACGACGUCAUUCAGUCUGUUGGCAGGAACAGUCAGCAUCGUUUGACUCCGCACUCCUUGUUGUUAACACGUCGGCUUACCUGGGGCAAUGGGGAAAAAUGAGAAACGGCUUCAGGUGACGUCUUGCAUAACGAGGUCUGUGAGAGGUUAAAAUCAGACGCUGAAACACUCGAUCCAGUUUUAUGCCGUCUUCGCUCCUUUUCCACUUCACCUGUGGAUAAGACAUGGAGCAGUGUUUUUGCUUUCUGUGAAAGCUGCUGAGAUUACAGGCUUUGAAAGAAGGUGACUCGAACAGAUCCGAACUGCCGAGAUGAAUCUUCCAGAUGUCUUGGGAAAAGAUGAAGUCCUGACCUUUCUGCCUUAGCGAAAUUUACACUAAGCCAGAUGUUAUUGUGUCAGAUGUGUUAUGCAUUUGUCUCUUUAUUUUCUGGGAUAAACCUCAAUUCCUGCCAUAUGGAGAAAUAUUCAUGGUUAUUUGCAAAGAGUAAAUAUGUUGACUUGCUGUAGUGAUAAAAUGUGCAAAUAAAUUUGUAAUGUUAGACUGGAUGCAAACUAAAUAGAGCAAAAAGUUGUAAUCAUAGUCCAAAGGGACACAGACUGCAACAGGUUUUAGACUGUCAAAUAAUUAUUGCCAGUGUAUGUGUGUGUUCAGUUUAGUCGAUACAUGUAUGUGGAUACCAUCCAGCAGACUGGUUGCAAUAACUAUAUCUAGAAACACUAACGUACUCUACUCAGCUAAACCCUAUAUUUUCCUUUUUUUUCUUUUCUUUUUUUGUUUUUUUUGUUUUUUUUAAAGAAAAUAUUUUAUUAUGAAAAAAAAGAAC